CUUUGGUGAAUAGCAGAGCAGGAAGCUGUGUCUACGUGCCUGUUACCUCGUCGUUGCAGCCUAUAUCAAUCCGGAGUAGGCGGAAGGGAUGCUCCACUGUCUCACAAACCCGAGAGCUACUCCACAACUGAAGGUAUCAAAGGACCGGUACAAAAUGAAGGGAUUUUUCCAAAUGUUAAAAAAGAAAAAAGAGCUGAUUCCGCUGAUCGGGUUCAUGGCUUUAACCGCAACAGGAGCCACCACAGCAUCCUUCUACUUUCUUUUCACCAAAACGGACGUCAUUUUGAAUAAGACCUCCAAUCCAGAACCAUGGGAAAGAGUGGAUCCAUCCAAGCCCCAAAAGCUUAUCACCAUCAAUCAGGAGUGGAAGCCAGUGAAGGAACUGGAGCUGGUGAAGAGUCUCAUCAAGUGAAUGGCGCUCUAACCUCUCGUGACCUCGCUCCCCUCAGCACCCACCCAUCAGUCGAACAGAAUCCUUUCCGCACGAGCCGGUUUGUUUUGAUGUCAUGUCAGUGUGCGGAAACGCUUCUGUUCCUGUCUGCUCUUUAGCUGCGCGACCGCAAAAAUCAUCUCCAAACGUUAGUAUGCUGACAGGAAGUAGCUUGCACUGCUCCUGUAAAUGUACAAAUUAAAAUGGGAUGCCGGUGAAUAAUCUACUGUACUAUAUAAGAUUGCUAAUAAAUUAUGUUUAUCGCAA